UGGAUGGUGGCAGAAUAUGGUUUAGAGAGAAGCUUCCCCUCAAUUUCUGACCUAAGCAAGCUCAACGGUUAAAUUCUACUAGCCUUCUGCUGGGGUAAGCGGACCUGCUCGCGCUCAGCUUAGGCAGAAAAGGAUACGUCGUCGUCGCCAAGAUGUCUUGAUUAUAUCGAUUACGUGUUGACAGACAUUAUUGACUGUCGCCUUGUUUUUCUUUGAGCGGUCUCUAUCUCCAAACGUCGCGAGCCCUUCGGAUGCCGGGUCAUGUCUGAUCCGUGUGUGACUUGAAAAUGGGUAUUAAAACCCAGAAUGUAAUCACCGUCGUGGCAUUAUCAUCAUCAUCAUCAUCAUCAAAACAAAAUCCUUCAGACAAUCUAUAUUAACCGCACAAUACUCUGCGCCGACUGCCCGAAAUCAAGCUCAUACAAUUAUAUUGCUCUUGCCGAUACCAUGGCGCCGAAACGCAUUUUCAUAACUGGUGCCAGUGGCUUCAUUGGUUCUGUGGUUGUCGAACAGGCUGUCAAGAAGGGAUAUGAGGUCCACGCAUUGUCCCGAACGGAAACCAGCGAUGCCAAGCUCAAGGCGCAAGGUGCAAUUCCCGUCCGGGGCGGCCUCGAGUCCUACGAUGUGCUACGCGAGCAGAGUGCCCAGGCCGACAUUGUCCUGCAUCUUGCUGAUCCCUUUGCGCGCGACUUUACCAUGGACUACGCUGAGGUGAUGCGCAUUGACCACGCCGCUGUAGAUGCCAUUGGGGCGGGGCUUGAGGGAAGCCACAAGCCUCUGGUCAUCGCGUCGGGGUCGUUGACUGCAGGGCCCACCGGUGAUGUUACUACUGAAGAGUCGCCUCCGCCGGAAAAGCCUCUGAAUGGCCGCCUCCAGUCCGAACAGCACGCUCUCAAGCUGGCCAACCGGGGCGUCACGACUUCUGCAGUUCGACUCGCCCCGUUCGUCUAUGGACGUGGUGGAAGUGGUGUAAUGCAUCUAAUGGCCAUGUCUGCCAAAUCUGGAGAGGUCUUUUACGUCGACGACGGGUCUCUGAAGACAUCCAGUGUGCAUGUCGACGAUGCUGCCGCUCUGUUCCUUCUCGCAGCCGAAAAGGCCAAAGCUGGUGAGGUCUUCAACGGCACCUCAGCUCAUAAUACCACCUUCCGGGAGCUCUCCGAGGCCGUCGGUUCUGUUCUCCAGCUUCCCGUCAAGCCCCUCUCCUUUGAGGAGACCCUGACCACUAAGGGCGAGUUUUUGGCACGCUUCCUCACUGCGGAAAACCAGGCAUCCGGCGCAAAGGCGAAACGUGUUCUGGGAUGGAAUCCCGAGGGGCCGAGUAUUCUUGAUGACAUCAAAACGGGAUCGUAUGUGGCUUUAGCUGAAGGGUUAAAGAAGGGUGCUGCUUGAAUUCUCUGUACUUGCAAUUUGAGCUAAUUGAAUCGGAUCAUUAUAAUCUUAUAAUAAAUCUCCCCUCA